AUGGUUGUUAGAAACAGGAGUGCUUUGUCAGCAACGUUGACGAACUCACCGUACAUACAGUCGCUCAAGCCGCCAAUGCAUAGACUCGGCGGCGUUGGGAUAGGCGCGUUUGAGAGGCAUGAACAAUCCAAACGGUCCUUCGCAGAACUCUCCAAUGCCCUAUCUCAAGCCCAGGUCGAUCACCUGCACUCUCAGCUGAAUCAGUUCCGUACUGCCCUCACUCAUUUCGCCAGUACUCACCGCGAUACCAUCAAGAAUGACCCCGCAUUUCGCCGCGCGUUCCAACAGAUGUGUCUAUCUAUUGGCGUCGACCCACUUGCCGGACCAAGGAAGGGCGGAUGGUGGGCUGAGCUGCUGGGACUCGGAGAUUGGCAAUAUGAGCUCGGAGUACAGAUCGUAGACGUGUGUAUCAGCACGAGGGAGAGAAAUGGCGGCAUCAUCGAGCUAAAAGAGUUGGUGAGACUGGUCAGCAAACUGCGAGGCGUGGAUGCCGGCGUUGUCACGGAAGACGACGUAGUACGAAGCAUCAAGACUCUACAGCCACUCGGGGCGGGAUAUCAAGUUGUAGAGCUGAAUGGUACAAAGAUGGUGAGGAGUGUAGUCAAGGAACUCGAUAGAGACCAGGCAGUUGUACUUGGACUGGCACAUGAAGCGGGAGGGAGGAUUGUUGUGGAUAUUCUGGUCGUGCGUCUGGGGUGGACACGAGAACGAUCUCAAGCUGCGCUGGAUAACAUGCUUCUUCGUGAUGGUCUUUGCUGGAUCGAUGAACAAGACGAAGAGAGUGGCGUAUCUUACUGGAUCCCUUCGGGAAUGCAAUGGGACGAAUAA